GGCGAAUCGUCGUCGCGCCUCGUCGCUGUCAUCGACGAAACUGUCGUCAUCUUCGUUUUGGCUGCGACGACGGCGGUGUUUAGUGCAUGAAAAAGAAUAUUCUGUCAUUUGAGUGUUCAGUUCGAGACGGGUUUGCAAUUUAACAGCACUGACUGAAACGGUACACAGUGAAUAGCGCGUGUCACAAUACACCAAAUAGUCAAAUAGUUAGUUAAUGUAUACAAAUAUGUAUAUAUAUAUAUAUAUAUAUUUGAAUAAUAAAUAAUAUAUAUAUUAUAUUUGAAACAAAAAUAUCGGCCAAGAAAGCGUGUGUGUGUGUUUGCGUGUGAAAUAAUUUUGUUAGCAACGGCGGCGGCCAAGGCAACAAAGUGAAAUAUACGAAUAGCUCUGAGGCAGACAAGCAGAAAGCAGGCGCCUAUACUAGAUACGCCUCAAGAGCUGAAAAUAUUUAUUAAAAAUAAAUAUAUAAAAAAUAGGUAUGUAGUUCAACAAAAAUGCCGUAAAUAAAUAUUUAUGCUUACUUAAGUAUGCCGUCGAGUGAGUCAGUGAAGCAACCGACAACAUAAAAGCAAAUCGGAAAAAGUGAAAAAUGAAUUGUGCAGAAAGAUAUGUGUGAGCAAUGAAGCAGUGGACAUUGAAUUGAAAAUAGCGAAAUGAAGUGCUAAAGAAUAUCCUUCAAAACAACGACGAAAAGUGUAAAAUAGUUAUUACCCCAAAAAGGUGGAGACCAAGAAGCAAGCCAAGAAAACGUUUUAUGACAAGAAAGAAAUACAGAAAAUAAAACGGUAUAUGACAUGCACGCAUAUACCAAACAUGUACACAUGUAUGUAUAUAACGGCAUAUAAACAACAUUUCGCUUUAUAGCGUGUGAGCGGUCAAUGUAUAUAAAUAUACAACUAUACAUAAGGACCAUACAAACAACCAGCUGUCAAAGCGCAUUUUUCAACUCAACUCAACGCAACUGAACUCAUUGAAAUUGUUUAUAUUUAUAUGUUAAACGCUGCUGUUGUUGUCAAGUGUCCUUUAUACGAAAGGACAUAACAACAUCAACGACGUCAGUGCGACAGCUCGUGUUCAUUCGUGUUUGCUUGUGUAUGCUUCUUUGUAUGCGACACAACGUAUUGUAUAAUAUAUAUAGUCACGCGUGUGGCGAAUAGCUGCAGGCAAAUUGAGUCAACUAACAAUACGACUGCAACAAAAACAACUUAACACGUAUUGUAAAUAGUGUAACAGCAACAAAAACAAUAAAAAAAUUAUUGCAUGGAAUUUUUUUUGUAAAUAAUAAUAUGUAACAAUAGCCAAAGUAGGCGACCGGUGCAGCAGCUGAACUGUGUAGUGAAGUGUUUUGCUGCUGCAGGACAUUAAGCCCUUGCACGCUCAGCUCUAGUGUCCAACUAACCUCGCUCGCACGGCUCGACACAGUGGCCUUAACAGCAGCUUCACUAGCUAAGUGACUCAAACACAACAUUGUGUGUCUGUGUGUGAUAGCUUUACGUGUGCGUGUGUGUGUUGUCACGCGUCUACAUCCGCACAUAUAUCAUAUAACAUUGGCUUCGAAAUUAGCUUACAACGCUGGAAUUAUACAAGCGCGUGUCAACUGCCAAUAUACCGUAACUGCUAACUGUUAAUUCAAGGCGGCAGCUGUUGAAAUCCGUUGCGGCAAACAACUGCAAACCAAAAACAAUUGCAGUUAAACUAUACUUAAACGGUGCAAAAAAAAACAUAAUACACAUGUCUGCUGCAGCGUAUCCUUAAAACCAAUUUAAAUUGCGUGACCUUACCGGGCUGUGCGGCCACUUCGAUGCCAUAACAUGGGCUAUUCCUCUGAGGCUGCCAAAACGAGGACACACCGCAGCAACAACGUCAACAAACAGCAAAGCAAUAAAAGCAGCCCAAAUCGUCAUACAGAAAACAACAACACCAAAAACAAUAUUUGUAACAACUAUACAAGUAACGGCAGUAGCAAUUCGCGUUUAUUGAGUUCAGAGGUGAUCUGUCAAAGCAACGCCGUUAGCGACGAGGAGGCGACAAUCACAAAAGGGACUAAGUGGCGACGACAGACAAACUACACAACGAGAGUUAUAGCAAUCAAAAAUACACAAAAGAGAUACACGGUCGUAGGGAACGCGAAACAGGAAAACGAGGAAGAAGAAAGCGGCGUCGAAGCGGAAGAGACUGCAAAGCAAAUACAAAUUGAGUGCAACCACAGCGAGGGCGUUGAGACGGAAGCGGUUGCGGUUGAGUCUGAAGAAACGCAAGGCACAGACGGCGCGCGUUGUAAAUUGAGUGCGGCUAUUGUAAAUAAGUGGAGAACAGCGUUAGACACUAACAGUAACAACAAAUAUAACUGCAACAACAGAGAUAUACGCGGCAAAGAGGGCGGUCCUUGUGCAAACUUUCACCGCAAGAAGGACGGAAAUAAUAAUUGUUGCCACCGACAGCUAUCGCGAGAACAACUGCCACAGACGCGUGUCGCGCUGCCGCCACAAGCGGAAGCAGCCGAGCAACAAGAGCAAACACAAACGACAGAUGAAAAUGAGUUGUGGUGCAAAAGAAGCGCCGGUUUGUCGCCACCUACGGAAACGGCCACGCGGACGACUGCGUCUGUCAGCGACUGCUAUGGCGCCAAGACUCUAGCAGUGCGCGGCGAAGACAAGCAAUGUCUACAAGAAUUAUUGCAACAAGCAUGUAGCGCUCUAAACGAGCGCCUAGGCUGUCUGCGCGAUAAUAUGGGCUUUUACAGCACAAACGAGUUGAAUGAGCGCGCAGCGGAAGAGCGGAAAUCGCUAGGCGCCGGUAUGUGGACGCAGCGGCAAGUAUGCCGCGAGCCAUCUAACCAAGAGUUGAAACAACGGAAGCUUUUACAGAGUAAAUGCCAACCGCUGCAGAUGGCAUACAAGCGCGGACGGGAGCGGCCACAACAGGUGGAACAACAACAGCAAAAAAUAAAACAACGAACAGUUGAGCGACAGCAAGCGAAACAGCAGCAGUGUCGGCGAGAACUGAAAGGCCCCUUAGCAGCGCAGCGGAAUGUGCUGACAUACUGCCACCACCAAAGACAAAAACAACAGCUACAACAACACGAUCACAAGCAGCAGCAAGCGCAGUUGCAGCAACAACAACUCGCAGUCAAUAAUAAAAACCAUAAUAAUCAACCAAAAGAACAACAACAACACCAUUCCCCACAACAAAGACAGCAGCAACAACAGAAAUUGUUGCUGGCACAAAAGCAGUCACAGCCGGCACAACAACAAAAACAACAGCAGCAGCAGCAGCAACAGCAACAAAAGCAACGGCAUCGCUUACGUCGCGGCAUACAGACGGUGGCCGCUGCCGCUUACGGCGCCUUCAGCUACAUCGGUCACAACUACUAUCAUCUGCUGGGCAAUUCGAUUAGUUUCUAUGCCGCCUCCAGUGUUAUAUUGGUGCUUUGCUAUUUGACUACAACAACAGCAGCGGCGCACUCGCCCGAAAAGGCGCCAUUCGAUAAGCAUCCCAUAUUCGACGAGUCCAGCUCGGAUAAGGAAAUUUUGGACUUGUUGCUGGAAAAGAAACGUUACGAUAAACGUCUACUGCCGCCAGUUAACGAUGAGGAUUUUUGCUGUGGUUUAUCUUCACCGGAUAUGGCCAAAGUUAGCAACUCAAGGAGGCCACAUAACCGCGGUACUUUAACGGUGAAUGUGAAUGUGUUGCUGCUCAGCUUGGCCUCACCCGAUGAGAGUAGUUUGAAAUACGAAGUCGAAUUCUUGCUAAAUCAACAGUGGAACGAUCCGCGUCUACAAUAUGGCAACAAAUCGCAUUAUGACUUUUUGAAUGCAUUACAUCAUCACGACAGCAUCUGGACACCGGACACCUAUUUCAUUAUGCACGGCGACUUUAAGGAUCCCAUUAUACCAAUGCAUUUCGCUUUAAGAAUCUACCGUAACGGGACCAUUACGUACGCAAUGAGACGUCACUUAAUCUUAUCCUGCCAAGGUAGCUUACACAUAUUCCCGUUCGAUGAUCCGAAGUGCUCCUUCUCCAUGGAAAGCAUUUCCUAUGAGGAGGCGCAAAUCAAGUAUGUUUGGAAAAAUGACGAAGACACGCUGCGUAAGAGUCCUUCACUAACCACAUUAAAUGCGUAUUUAAUAAAAAAUCAAACAACACCCUGCGACCAAAAUAGUUGGCGAGGGAACUACAGCUGUCUUAGGGUCGAUUUAAUAUUUACCAGAGAUCGUGCAUUCUAUUUCACCACCGUUUUUAUACCCGGCAUUAUACUGGUGACGUCAUCAUUUAUAACAUUCUGGCUAGAAUGGAAUGCAGUUCCGGCUAGAUCGAUGAUAGGUAAUUACAGUUGCCUAGAAGUCGAGUUGACUUUUACCAGAGAUCGUGCUUAUUAUUUCACCACUGUUUUUAUACCCGGCAUUAUAUUGGUGACAUCAUCAUUUAUCACAUUUUGGCUGGAAUGGAAUGCUGUGCCAGCCAGAGUUAUGAUCGGUGUAACAACAAUGUUGAAUUUCUUUACAACAUCCAACGGUUUCCGCAGCACACUGCCCGUCGUCUCCAAUCUCACCGCCAUGAAUGUUUGGGAUGGCGUCUGCAUGUGCUUCAUCUACGCCUCGCUACUGGAGUUUGUAUGCGUAAAUUAUAUGGGUCGCAAGCGGCCACAACAUAAUGCUGUCUAUCGACCUGGCGAGAAUCCUGUCACACAGCGUCUUCCAGCGGUUCUAAGCAGGAUUGGAGUAAUUCUUGCAAGUCCUUUGGGUAUAAUCGAACGAGAAUUUCAUGCUGCUUUGUCGUCUGAAAAGGCCACAAUGGGUGCGGCCAGCAGCACUACAACCGGCACCAGCAUACCCGUCACGCCCACACCGAUGCAUCCCUACCAUACGGACCUAUCAACGUCUACCACACAAACACCGUUACCACCAUCGCCACCACCCGUGCCAACAACGUCAUACGGCAUGAGUACCGUUGAUGCACCGCGUAUACGCUGGGAGGAACAACAUGGCGGCAUAAUUGGUGUGGCAAUGCAAAAUUUACGUGCGCGUUCCAUACGUCGACGUACGCGCUCACCGAGCUCGGCAACAUCGGCGACCAGCUCUUACGUGGACACAGAGGCUGGGCGCACUAAAACACCCUCCACCACCAUGUCCACUGUCAUCGAACCAGUCUACACGGAACCAACUUUUGCUACCGCAGAGGGCGCGAACAUGCCGCAACUUGAGACUACAGUAACGGUUGAAGUGGAGUCCACACUGCCAGCUUUAGCCGCGCCGACACAGCAGCGUCGUUCCAUUUCAACAAACACGCCGCCGCUGAUACUAAGCGGUGGCGGCAGCAAGCAGGCAGAAGAUGAAAAUGCCUCCAGCAUUGCCGAACUUUCGAUGGCGAAUACGGACGCAGCGACAUUACAAAUGCCGGGGGAAGAUGAAAAGACGUCCGCCACGUUGGAUACGCAAGGUGUGGCUGAUGCCAGCGGCCAUUUACCGGUGAAGCCACCGCGCCGCAAGCAAUCGCGUUCCAGUUCGCCGGUACCUUUUUAUGAGCAGGUGGCGCAGCCGGAAGCCGCCAAUGGUCAUGGCUUGGGCGCUAUGAAUGCCGAAACUGGUGAGAAGCGACGCGAUGUUCGCGCCCCCAACGAGAUCGUCGCCUGUACGACUUGUGGCGGCAGCAGCAGCCCGUGCACGCACUCGGCCAACAACGGAUGCGCAACAGAGACUUGCUUCGUCCAAGUGCGCAAAAAGGAACCGCCACAUCCUAUACGUAUAGCAAAAACAAUCGAUGUCAUCGCUCGAAUUACAUUUCCAACCGCCUACGCAAUUUUUCUAAUAUUUUUCUUCGUACACUAUAAGGGAUUUUCAUAAAAAUUAGUGCAAUGGAAAUCAUUUAGACAACUUAAAGAUAAACUUACAUACACACAUACAAACACUCUCACAUAUACAUACAUAAAUGUACACAUUCAACAAAAUUCACAUAUUUACACACAUAAAUCCACAGCGAAUUAGCAAAUUUAAUUAGUAAAAUUAAUUAGCGAAAAAAGUUCAUAGCAUUAUUGAAAACACAAACAACAAAAAAGUACACACACUUAAAUGAUAUUCUAUUAUAUAAGGCAAGAGGAAAUUGUGUGAAGCUAUUAAAAAUUUAUGAAAAAAACAUAUUGAAAUGUAUAAAAUAUGUAAUAAAAAAUACGAAAAAUCGACGCACUGAUAAAGAAUAAUAUUACAUAAAUUUGAAUAGAAAUAUAAUUUCAUUAAUUAUUUAUGAUAUAUUUAAUUUAUUAAAGCCAAAAGAACACACCACGUUGGUGGUGAAUUAAGAGAUUAGAGAGAGGGAUUAAUUGAAAUAAACCAAAGAAGAGGCAUAGAUUUAAAAGACUAAAAAUGAAUGUAAAUAAAGAAAUAUGUAUUAAAUUUA